AUGGAUAUCCCAAGUUCCUCUGCACCAGUACAAGCACAGCUUCCACGCGUGACGAUAAAAUAUUGCACGCAAUGUCGGUGGAUGCUGAGGGCUGCCUAUUUUGCGCAAGAGCUUCUAUCCACCUUCUCUACCUCCCUAGGCGAAGUAGCUCUCAUCCCUAGCACCGGUGGAAUCUUCACAGUCACCCUUUUCCACACAUCAAAUGCAGGUUCCACAACUGUGGAAACGGUCCUCUGGGACCGUAAGACCCAGGGUGGCUUUCCAGAAACAAAACAACUCAAGUCCCUAGUUCGAAACAUCAUCGACCCGUCUCGAAACCUGGGCCACAUCGAUCGUGCUCUAGCCAAGGCGCAGAACCAGCAAGACGAAGAGAACACAGAAGGACGCGGCUCCGGUUCCUCGUCAACAGCGAGAGCAACGGCUGUGGCUGCGGCAACGGCCAGAUCAGACCCUGAUCCUCCAGAGGCAACCCCAGAGAAAAAAGCAUGUGAGGAUUGCCAGUGA